AAGUCGCCGCGGGGCUAAAGCGACCAAGCGCUGAGAGACCCUGCUUGUUCGAAGACAAUUCAGAGUAGGACGCAGCCGAGAGCAGAGCAGCUAGCGUGGUGUAUUAAUAAUAUUAGUAUGCAUAUAGUACCGUUAUAUAUUAGGGUUCAAUCGACACAACCAUAAAUGUACGGUACAAAGCACCGCACUGAAGGACUCAAAAGGUUACGAGUCAGAAACUGUUUCUAGGUUGGCAUGCCGCAUUUUUAUUCAACAUAAAGCAAUUACGGUGAAUGAUGAAUUAAUUUACAUUUCAUCAUAUAAUAUUAAAUAUAUUAGUUGAAGUAAUAUACUCGGACUUCUGAAUCUGAUUUUCUUGUUUGAUUUCAACAAAUUACGCCAGUGCAUGAGAGGUUUUGUGCGAACUGAUUCCUCGAGUUCGGUGAAGUCCUAGCUGCGAAGUGGAGGCAGCGAAUAUUGAGGACGUCAUGGAAAGUGGAGAAUACGACGGGGGAGCUAAUGAGCAACAUCCUGAUUCAUGGAAGGGUAUGGCGAGCCCACCACAAGAAAUUCCAAAAUCAUCUGAAAUACACUUGCCACCCUUUUAUAAUACUGUAUCUACGGCACCAGGACAGAUCUCCGGUAAAACAACAUACCCGCAAGAACAGGAUAUAGGACCCAAUCCCCCUCAAGGUCAUCAAGCACCUUCUGGACAUCAAUUCCAUGACUCAUAUCGGUAUCAUCAACAUGCAGCCUCACCUGGACAAAUCAGAAUGAUGCAAAAACCUGGUGCACAUCCGAGUCCUGGUAGCUGGCAUGGAAAUAAUUCACCAGCUGCUCAAAACCCACCAUACCUUUCACCAGAUCGAAACAGAUAUGUUGCAAGAGCACCAUACCCAGGUUAUGAUACAUCUAAACCCUAUAUUCACAUGGGACAGACUGCACAAAUCCCAUCCCAACAACCUGCCCCCCAACAGGGCCCAUGGCCAAGAGCCCCGUAUCCUUCUGCCCAUCCUGGUUACGAAGACCCCUCACGGUCAAGUCGCUAUGGUCAAUCGGACAUCGCAGGUCCGGUCGUUCCAGCUGGCCUUCAAGCACUUCAGGCAAAUAACAAUAAUGCUACUUUAAUGCAACAUCAACACACUCCAAUGCUUGUCCCUAACCCACAUUACAAUCAAAACCGAGCACAGCAAGUAAUGUCCUCUCAGCAAUCCGCAGGCGUCAAAAAUACAGAUUUACAGAAACAAGAUCAGCACACUCCACAAAGACCAGUUUCGGCAUGUGCUUCUCAAGAAACAAUGUACGCCCCAUUGCCAACCAAUUCUCCCAUGAAUUACUACCCCACGCAUUCCCCACACUCUCAACAGCAUCGUAACAUUGGUCCCAUGCAUCAUCAAAUGGGUCUCAAUUCACCCAGCGUAUCCCCUUAUCCAAGUAAUCCUUUGACACCAGGGCCGACAACAAAAACUAAAACAAGAGGGAACAAAUCCUACCAGUGUCCAAAAUGUGUAAAGGUAUUCAGAAGAGGAGAUCACUUAAAGCGUCAUCUUUUGUCAGUUCAUGAUCAUGAACAUCCGUAUCAGUGUGGAGAAUGUGGGAAAGGUUUUGCAUCAGUUCCCACAUUAUCAAAACAUACCAAAUCUUUGCAUAUCGGUGUUUUAACGAAAGGUUUAAUGUGUUUACGAUGUCAGCUGACAUUUCCCACAAUUCAAGAAAUGGAAACCCAUUCCAACUCUCUUCACAUUCAAGAAGAUGAACAAUACAUGCAGAAUAUCAAUACAAGCAGCAAACAACACCACUGUAGCUUUUGCACCAAAUCUUUUUCUUCUGCUAUCAACUUGAAACGGCACAUGCAGCUAUUACACAGAAAUAAAGAUGAUGCACGAGUGUUUUGUCGUGAAUGUGGAAAAGGUUUUAGCAAACCGGAAACAUUACGAAAACAUGUUGAUAAAAUUCAUAAUGGGAAUGUGAGCGCAAUUCCACCAUUCGAUGAAACGGAAGAUCCAGAAACUUCAAGUCAAGCUCAUAGUUCAGAAUCUGAAAGCAGAGGUCCAUCAGCAGAUACUGAUGAAAGUUCAUUGUCUUCAACACCAAGCAUGCUUUGGGGGGGAAGUUACCCAACCCCGCCCGCACCACAAAAUCGAGGACCUGUCAAUCAAGGAAUGCCCCAACCAGGAAUAUCCUCUGGUCCAUCCACUGGACUUCCAAAUCCUGGAUACCAUCAACCUUUACCAGAUCAAGCACCACCAAGCGUACCAGAUCAAAAUACCAAUCCUCCAUUUUUACCAACCCAAUCUGACCAAGCUUUACCAAACAAACAACCAAUAUCUAAUUCUCUUGUUAAGUCUCUUACAAUGAACGAUCCCCAACAAAUUUCAAGCAACCAUCAAACGCUACAGACUGUUUCAAUUGCAUCUCAACAACAAGCGUCAACUCAGAUGAUUGAUUCUACAUUAAUGCAACAUGAAAUCACUCAACCUAACUCUGUUUCUGAAGCUCUUUCAAUGGCUAUGAAAGCCCUUUCAGACUUUGACUAUGAAACUGGAUUUGAAAUGUACAGCAGUAUCCAGCCUGACCCCCCUCAAUCUAACCCUCAAGUAAUACAACAAACUGCUGCCAAUGUACGACACAGUCAAAGUAAUGUUUCGAUACCUAGAAACGGUAUCAGUGGAACGAUUAAUAGUCCAAAACCUACAGAUGCUAGCAAUAAUAUUAAUACUUAUGAUUACCCUUUCCGUGGAAAUCAUUUUUUAAUGACAAUGCCCCCUCCUUCCGCCUCGAUGAACGCGGGCCGCCUCCACCCUCAGCCCAUAAUGGCUGGGUCGCAGGAGGCCCCGCAGUUAUCGCAGCUUCUUCAGGAGGGUGGGGGCGGGGUUAGAAGCCCCAUUGUCAUAAAUAACAAUAAUAAUUCAAACACAAAAGAAAUUGAAAAUUUUGUCGAAACGAAAAAGAGUCAACGGAGACAAAGGAAGCGUAGAGAGUUAAACAACGAGAAUGAUUUCAUGGAUUACGAGAAAUCACAAAACGAUAAUUUUCAGGAAGAUAAAGUGGAUUUGAGCUGCAAUUUAUGUAACAUUGAGUACGAGAGCAUCGACAGCCUUAUGGUUCAUAUUGAGGGAGUUCAUUUGAAAAAUAAUCCCCAUGAAUGCAGCAUCUGUCAGAAACACUUUGCACAAACUGGUAAUGUGAAGAGACAUAUACGAUUUGUUCAUCUGAAAGAAAGACCUUUUAGAUGCAAUGAUUGUUCAAGUACUUUUGAUAGGCUUUGUUAUCUCCAGCGUCACAUGAGAACCCAUCUUCAACCAUCGGAUGAAAAUCAAGAAUUCAACCCGCUGAAACCAUGUAACUGCCCUGAAUGCGGGAAACGUUGCUUAACUGCUCAUCAUUUACGAGGCCACAUGCAGCGCAAGCACUUUGCCAAAAACAAACAAAAUUAUACUCAGUUCAUAUUGAAGUAUGGACACUUAGAGUCGAUUGGAUCGGGUCCUGGUGCUCUCGUCAAUUCUAAAAAAGGCAAAGGGAGGCAAAAGAAAGCAAACAAGUUUAGUAACUCGACAAAUGUUGUUGCUUUUGGACAGUCACAUAAUAUACAAGAUACACCACAAAAAUCUUCAGUUUUUAUGCCGUAUUCUUCAACUGCCAACUCAAACACACUGUCCAAUGUUCAAGUACAACAACAAUAUAAUGGUUUGAAUCAUACCUCUGAUAUUGCAAUACAAGGAGUCUGUCAAUCAUCUUCUACACCUACCAACUUACCUUUGCAGCCCAAUUUCAAUUAUUACAAUCAGCAAGUUGUAAGCCAACCAAAUACAGAAAAUACCGGAAGCAUUCAAUCUUUUGAACAUGAAUCAUACAACGCUAAUAAUCAAAUGCAGAAUUUUGAAACCUACUUUAGCAAUAUGUCACAGCCGUCAAUUGAAAAUAUACACAUUGAAAAUUCAAAUUCGGAUAAAACCCAAAAACGUAACAAGGAAAGGAAAUGUGUCAAGAAGUGCCUGCCCUUUCGCUGUCAACACUGCCGACUGCGUUCAUUUGCCAGCCUAGCCAUGCUGCGAAGUCACAUGUCAGUUGUACAUAACGCAUAUCUCAAGAGACAAGUUUGCCUCUCAUGUGGUUUGAGCUUCCACAAACGAGCUCAUUUGAAAUCGCACAUGAUACAAGCACACCAAUCAGACAUGGCCGGAACGAAAAAACAGAAAAAGAUUACUUCAGAAGAAAAACAUGAGAAAACACUGGUUCCUAUGCUGGAGUACGCUCCGUCACCUUCAUAUCCUAUUCAACUGCAUAACUUGAGUAACCCAACUUUGGCGUCUUAUUACGCUCCAAACCAACAGGUAUACUAUGGAUACGAUCCAUUAUCUCCUGCUAUGGUUCCGUCACCAAAUAUGCAAUCUGCAUAUAAUACCAAUACUCUUCAGUCUACCACACAUAUUUCAUUGGUUCAAACAUAAUCAAAGAUGUUAAAAAUAAGAAAAUCUUGAAAAAUAAAAGUUGACUGCCUAUUGCACUAUUAUUUUGCAUUUGUGUCCAUCAUACCCCCAAUAUGAUGUUUAUGUUUAAUUAAUCAGUUUCUUUUACUCUUGUCCUUCAGUGUAUAUUAUGAUGUCAUAAUUUGAUCAUUCCUGCCAAUAAACGAUCAAGUGUGUUUGUACUUUUAUCCAAAUGAUCAAACUGUCAUUUGUACUUUGUAGUGUUUUUUAUUUGUAUAUAGUUUAACUGUUGUAACGAAGUAGUGUUUUCUGACUGUAGUACUAUUUGCACAACGUAAUAUUUCAACCUUCAAAUGUGAGUUUUUUCAAUGUAUCAUGUUAUGCUAUUAUGUACCUUUUUAUUGUCAACAACCCUGGUAAAUUUUGUUACUGUGAAGAUGCAAAUUUCUUCAUUGUUGGAAAAUUUCAAACCAGUGUUUGGGAGAAAGCCCCUCAACUCUGAGUCGCAAUUCUCGAAACCAAGUGAGCCGGGUUCAACUCUGACACUGGCGUUUUGUUUCUAUGAAAAUACCACUCCAACUAGGACAUAUGAUGGCAUUCCGAAUUUUUUUAAUAAAAAAGGGAAUCGGCCUUUUCAAAUUGUAUUUAAAUCUAGCUUUAAAGUAAAAAAA